GCGCGAGGAUGAUGACUUGUUGGGUCCUGAUCGGGGUCUUUGUAACCAUCGUGCUCAUUUAUAGCUUCAUCGAAUUUCAUUAUUUUCUACGCAUGUUUCUCACCGUCUUCCUCGCGCGUUUUUGCAAAAAAAAGGUGCACAUUCUUGAUGAAACUGUGAUCUAUGGCAUUUGCACUACCAAUGACGUGGACGCACUUUUGUAUCAUAUGAAUAACGCGAGGUAUCUUCGCGAACUCGAUUUUGCGAGAGUCGACUUUUACGAAAGGACCGAUCUCUACCGAGAAGUUUGUUCUCAAGGAUCAGGUAUUGUACAAGGAGCUGCCACUAUACGCUACAGGCGUUUCAUCAAGCCGCUUACGAUCUUCAAAAUAACAUCUAAGAUCAUUUAUUGGGAUGAAAGGAGUUUUUUUAUGGAGCAUCGAUUUAUCACGCCGAGCGAUGGUUUUAUAAGGGCAAUUGCGAUUUGCAGGCAAAGACUUCUUAAUUGUAGUGCCGAUACUGUUAUUGGCGCCCUACUAAAUCGUAGGGUGAAGCAGAAUGGAAAUGUCGAAGCAGGUGUAAUGCAGGUAUCUCUUGUGCGACCAGAGAUGCCACCCGAAGUGAGCAGAUGGAUGGAAAGUAACGAAAUAUCAUCAGCGAUGUUGAGACAGGAACCGAUAACGAUAACGACGCGUUGCUGACAAACGGCCCCCGCGACGUCCUGCGGCGUUUUAGCAUCGAUAUACACAACCACGACUGUGUAAUAAGCGGAAAAUGCGGAAUGCAAUCUUUAUUCUUAAUUACCCGGAUGAUGGAUAGGGGAAAUUCCGAGAAAACAAGACCGGAUAUUAAAUAUUCUCGCUUCUUGUGUUUAAUUGUCUUUGAGAAGCGGAAGAAGUGAACUUAGCGCGGCCUUAUGACAAAAUAAAUGAUUAAU